AGGAGGAUGCGGCUGCCAUGGUAACGAGGGCUGUGUAUGGAGGACAGCAGCCAGUCGCAGGCAGCUACAUUUUUUCCUCAUUCCACUUCCACUUUUCCGAUAUAGAAAACGAUCUCCAGACCAGGCGUUUGAUCGCGCUCCUGUUCCUCCUGACUGACGCUUCAAACGCUUCACCUCACAACACUCUCAUCAGACGCAGGAAACGCACACAUCUCCAGGAUGGCAACCAUCACCUGCACGCGCUUCACAGAGGAAUACCAGCUGUUUGAGGAACUGGGAAAGGGAGCCUUUUCUGUGGUGCGGAGAUGUGUGAAAGUUCUCUCAGGACAAGAGUAUGCUGCAAAGAUCAUCAACACAAAGAAGCUGUCUACUCGGGAUCACCAGAAGCUGGACAGGGAGGCUAGGAUCUGCAGACUGCUGAAGCAUUCGAAUAUUGUGCGGCUGCAUGACAGCAUCUCAGAGGAAGGUCACCAUUACCUCAUCUUUGACUUAGUAACGGGUGGUGAGCUGUUUGAAGACAUUGUUGCCAGGGAAUAUUACAGCGAAGCAGAUGCCAGCCAUUGCAUCCAGCAGAUUUUGGAGGCGGUACUUCAUUGCCAUCAGAUGGGCGUUGUGCACAGAGACUUAAAGCCAGAGAACCUGCUUCUGGCUUCCAAAUCCAAAGGUGCAGCUGUGAAGUUAGCAGACUUCGGCCUUGCCAUUGAGGUUGAAGGGGACCAACAGGCUUGGUUUGGGUUUGCUGGUACUCCUGGUUACCUGUCCCCAGAAGUCUUACGAAAGGACCCCUAUGGAAAAGCUGUAGACCUGUGGGCAUGUGGUGUGAUUCUCUACAUCCUGCUGGUUGGAUACCCACCCUUUUGGGAUGAAGACCAGCAUAGACUCUAUCAGCAAAUUAAAGCUGGCGCCUAUGAUUUUCCUUCACCUGAGUGGGACACAGUCACCCCUGAGGCGAAAGAUCUUAUUAAUAAGAUGCUAACCAUCAACCCAUCUAAACGCAUCACUGCUGCGGAGGCACUCAAGCACCCGUGGAUCUCACAUCGCUCCACUGUUGCAUCUUGCAUGCACAGACAGGAGACUGUUGAAUGCUUGAAGAAGUUCAACGCUAGAAGAAAGCUCAAGGGUGCUAUUCUCACUACUAUGCUGGCCACCAGAAACUUCUCAGGAGGGAAAAGUGGGAUCAGCAAGAAGACAGAUGGUGUGAAGAAAAGGAAGUCCAGUUCCAGCACCCAGCUGAUGGAAUCGUCAGAGAGUACCAACACCACAAUUGAGGAUGAGGACACUAGAGUGAGGAAGCAAGAAAUCAUCAAAGUAACUGAGCAACUCAUUGAAGCCAUCAGCAAUGGAGAUUUUGAGAAUUACACGAAGAUGUGUGAUCCCAGUGUUACAGCGUUUGAGCCUGAGGCUCUGGGAAACCUGGUGGAGGGACUGGACUUCCAUCGCUUCUACUUUGAAAACUUGUGGUCAAAGAACAGCAAGCCGGUUCACACCACCAUCCUGAACCCUCAUAUCCACCUGAUCGGCGAGGAGGCCGCCUGCAUCGCCUACAUUCGUAUCACGCAGUACCUCGACACAAACGGAAUGCCAUGCACUGCCCAGUCAGAAGAGACACGGAUCUGGCAUCGUAAAGACGGCAAGUGGCAGAUAGUCCACUUCCAUCGCUCAGGCUCUCCGUCUGCCAUCACUAAAUAAGAGAUUCAGCUGAAAAUCCCAGAGUUGCAGGAUCACUGUCUUGAGGAUGUACAAGCUCCCAGCUUCUCAUCUCAUUCCUUGAACUUCAUUGGCCCUCUGCUUUACGGUGUCAUCACAUUCACAUUAGCAUUUAUUCUCAUUGCUCAGAACACUUCUUAACUGAUAAACUACGAUGAAGCCGCUGUUGCAACCCUGCCGCGUGGUAUCAAUGUUUUCCAAUUUUGAUUACGUUUACAAAAUUAGCCACCAUGUUUUUGACCAUAAAGUGCUACAUUUGCAGAUAUUUGACACAAAUGAGAUAUUUGGGAACGACGACUACAUUCCUAAAGAGAUCCUGUUUCCUGUGUUUUAUAAAAACGACACGGAUACCUAGAUUUUUUUUCUCUCCAUUAACUAGUAUUAUAAUCUCUCUUAUACACCUGUAAUUAACUCGAAUGUAAUCUGAUUGUUUAUAUAUUUGAAACAAAGUAGAACUGCUAGGUAAGAAUAUAGUAAUGACUUUUCCUGGACAGAUAUCAACACAGCUUGUCCUCCGCUGCCCGAUUUCCAGACAAUCGCCAUUGGACUUUUUCUACCGAGUUUAGUGAAGCACAUUGAACAGCAGUGAAUUUCAGUAUACGUUUAGCCCUUAAUCAAAGCUGCAUCUAUGGCACAAAAAACACACACACAAUCUAAUGAACCCACAUGAUCCACACUGCAAGAACAGAUGGAUCAAGGGGGCUGAGCAACCCACUCAACGAACUGUUGCUUAAAGUUAAAGGCGGUGCUGAUGGCGGCAGUGGAACAGUAAAUGCAUGCAAGAGCUUCUUUCUUUCUGCCGUACAGGGUUUUGAGAUCCGGGCCUGGUGUGGUGUGCUCAGAGCACUUUGAUAAAGUUCUUCCAGUAGAGCUGGUGUAUUUGUUCUUCCUUUUGUAUUUAGGAUUCAGGGAUUUAUUUUUUUUUUUUAUUGCAAAAGGAAGUCUCUUGAAAAAGCACUGUUUGAUGUCUGGGCUUAACUUCUAUUCAAAUUCAAUGAAAGCGUGUUGCUGGAGAGAGAGCUUUCAAUAAUCAGUGUUGACGUGUUUAUCUACCGAUGUCUUUUUAAGAUGCUCUAUUUGCUUGAUCAGUCUUACGGCGACGAUCAACCAAUGCGAACAAUCAAAGUUAUUCAAACGAGAAGGUGGACAUUGCUGCUAACUCUAUAUAACAAUGCUCAUAAAGACCUAGCAUUUGAACUUGUUGAUAUUGUAUUCAGACUAUUGCUGGUGAAUAUCUGUUAUCUGCAGAGUGACUGCUAUUCAGAUCGAUCUCUGUCUUAUCUAAACAUUUGUAAGGUAUAUUAAAAUGUGUUUUGCAUCUUAUAUGCACAGAUUAAAAAUGCGUGUUCAUAUUUACUAGACCAGUUACAUUUCUAUUAGUAAAACUGUAUGAGCUUAGAUUUGUCAAAUAUUGCUUUCCUGAUUUAUUUUGUAAAGCAAGAAUGUUAACGUGAUGAUUGUAUGCACGAUUUUUUGUUGUUUGAUUCAUUUCAUCAAACUUUUUGCCUUGGCUGUAUAAAAGCUGCUCUUCAUCCGGUUGGAUCGUGUGAUCGCUGCCAUCAACAGACAACCAACUGUAAACUUUACUAUUCUUUUUCUGAUUCCAUUUAAACACUUUCAGGCUACUUGUGGCACAUUUGACAACGAUCCGUUCUUAAUAUUGAAUUAAUAUUCAAAUGUCAUUACAGAACCAAAGUUUUCCUCAUAAUUGAUCUCCUUAGAAAGACAUUUAGAAUUGAAAGAAAUAAAAUGCAUGGAAACAUUUUCUAUGUCUUCUAGUAACGUAGUUCAUUGUAAACGGCUACUGAAAGAGAGUUGCUUUGUGGCCUGUUUUUGUCUUCUUUAUGGUUUCAGCACAGUUUAUGAAAGGCCUAACAGCAUCUUUUGAUAGUUUUUGACGUAUAUACUGUGUUUUGUUGAGGCAUGCUGUUUUUAUUGUCAAAAUGUGGGUGGGUACGAUAUCGUUUUCUGAGUAAAAUGUACUUUUUGCAGUUUGGCUCUGAUGCAACCGGGCUUAUAAAUAAAAGUGCUUUACGAAGUGUU